GAUCGGCUGCCUGAGGCGAAUCUAGAAGGCCAAGCCCGCGAAGCCUGACCCCUGGAGUCGCAGGGGGCAGGUGACACUGCCGUGGGUUCCGCGCGCGGGCCUGACAGUGUCAUCCCCGCCCACUGGCGGCAGCGUGCCAGCCGGGCUGCACACGCUCGCCGGGCUCGCAGGGUCCAUAAAAGCCGCCGCGGCGCAGGGACGCGGAGCUGACCCCCAGUCUGCUCGCGCGAGCCCGACCGACCAUGCACGUGAACGGCAAAGUGGCGCUGGUGACCGGCGCCGCGCAGGGCAUCGGCAGAGCCUUCGCCGAAGAACUGCUGCACAAGGGCGCCAAGGUAGCCCUGGUGGACUGGAAUCUUGAAGCAGGUGUAAAGUGUAAAGCUGCCCUGGAUGAACAAUUUGAACCUCAGAAGACGCUGUUCAUCCAGUGUGAUGUGGCUAACCAGGAACAACUGAGAGAUACUUUCAGAAAAGUUGUAGACUACUUUGGAAGAUUGGACAUCUUGGUCAAUAAUGCUGGAGUGAAUAAUGAGAAAAACUGGGAGAAAACACUUCAAAUUAACUUGGUGUCUGUUAUCAGCGGGACCUACCUGGGCUUGGAUUACAUGAGCAGGCAGCACGGAGGAGAAGGCGGCGUCAUCAUCAACAUGUCGUCCCUGGCAGGGCUGAUGCCAGUUGCCCAGCAGCCGGUCUACUGUGCCUCCAAGCACGGCAUCGUCGGAUUCACGCGCUCAGCAGCGAUGGCUGCUAAGCUUAUGAACAGUGGCGUAAGGAUGAACGCCAUUUGCCCAGGUUUUGUCAACACACCCAUCCUCCAGUCCAUUGAGAAAGAAGAAAACAUGGGACAGUACAUAGAAUAUACAGGUCAUAUCAAGGAUAUGAUGAAGUGUUAUGGAAUUCUGGAUCCAUCAAUGAUUGCCAGUGGAUUAAUAACACUUAUUGAAGAUGACGAUUUGAAUGGUGCCAUUAUGAAGAUCACAAUGUCUAAAGGAAUUCACUUCCAAGAUUAUGAUUCAGCUCCAUCCUAUUCCCCAGCUCCAUCUUAGAUACCAGCAAUAACCGAAAAUAAAUCCAAAUGACAUACUCAAAUCAUAUUUUAAAUGUAUCUUUUUAAAUGAAUGAUACAGCCUAAAGCUUUCCUUCACACAGCUGACGUUAUCUUUUCUGAUUAGAUAAGUUAUCAAAAGUACAAUGCAAACAAAGCAAUAUUAUUGUAAUAUGUACGAUCUAGUCAAUGAUUAAAACAAAAUACAUUUAAAGUAUAUUGCACCUUCCAGAAAAUAUAUUUAAAUCUGUGAUUC